UCGUACCACAUUCAAGAAUUGACGAAUUCUUUACGACAAUUUCGCCGUUUUCGUAUUAAUACCCACAUCAAUAAUAGUUAAUUUUGGGAUAAUAUACGCUCUAAUUUCUUAACAUAACGCCAUGGAUACUGUAUGUACCACGUUUUCAAAAUUAGCUCUAAACCUCAAAGACUUACAAAUGAAAUGUUUACAAACGAAAGAUAACUUAUUAGCUCUUCUAGAUGAUAAAAAGGAAGAGACAAAUAAAACAGAUAAUGAAGGGACCAUGAAUUGUAGACAAGAUGUUAUAAAUACACAGUUUUUCUAUUGUAGAAAAGAUUUAUAUGAAACACGCGUUAUCAAACAAAGAGACUUAUCCAUUAAGAGAGCAGAAGAUAACAACAACUGCAAGCCUGCUAAUAGAAAAAUGUCAGACAGUAACAAAAAGUAUCAUGAUGUGCAACAUCGCUAUACCAAUCACAAAAAUGUACAUACAAAGAGCACAUGGAAGGGUUAUCGUAAUGUACAACAUCGAUAUACCAAUCAAAGGAAAUUUCAUUCGAAAAAUACGUGGAAAAGUGAUCAUCAACAUCGUCAAAAUAAGAAUUAUAACACAUUCAGAAGUAGAGAGAAAAAUUUCCGUUCCAAGAUGGAAUUAAUACAUCAUGAUAAAAAAAAUAAAGUAAGAGAUAUCUUACAAGUUUUUUAUGAAAUUUUUAAGUAUAAAUAAACUAUAUUGUAACUCCAUGAAUUUAUAAUUUUUUAUUAUGAAUAA